AUGGCACGUAAUCAGGAAAAAGCACAAUCGAUGCUAUAUCGAUUCCGUGAACAACAAGCUGUAGAGAUGGGAAUGGGAAAUAGGGUCAAGGGAGAUAGGAGACCCAGGAUGGCAAGUAGUGUAUCCAGCUUGAGAGAAUGUGAGAGAUGGAGAGGUGAUAUCAUGAGGGAUAUCAAUAGGAAAGUAGGCAAGAUACAGGAUGUCUCUUUGACGGAUUACGAAAUUCGAGAUUUGAACGAUGAGAUCAACUCCCUUUUCCGAGAGAAAAGACAUUGGGAAACUCAAAUCGUUAAUCUUGGAGGAGCGAAUUACAAAAGAGGAAACGUAGCCAUGACUGAUGAUCAAGGUAGAGAAGUUCCAGGAACAAGAGGAUACAAGUAUUUUGGUAGAGCGAAAGAAUUACCAGGUGUCAAAGAGCUAUUCGAUCGAGGGGCUUCACAAGCAACUGAAGAAUCAGCAAGGAAUGCCUCAUUCCAAAUGUUCAGACAUCAAGGACCAUCUUACUAUGGUGAUGAAGAUGAGAUGGAUCCUAAAUUGGUUCAAGAGGAAGAAGAACUGUCCAAGCAGGAAUGGGAAGCAGCAGCUUUAUCUUCAGCCAAAUUACUCGAUUCUUCGUCUGAUGGAAUCCCGACAUAUCCUGUUCCUUCAACAUCAGCAACUACCACAUCUGGAUCUACUUCGACGACUGAGGCAAUUAGUUCAAGUAAACGAAAGGCGGAAACGACAGAUCAAGCACUAUCGGCGACUGACAACGGUAAUGAUGUAAUCGAAGCAGAUGAGGGAGAAGAUGAUGGAGACAAAUCAAAGAAAACAAAAACGACAACCACGAAUGGUAUAACACCUCAACCUAUUCAAUCAAUAGAUGACGCUAUGAAAUCUGCUCAAACUCAGUUACUACAAUCUUAUAUACCAGGUUUGGAUCCUCUUUCACUUCAAUUCCCAACAUUACCAAGUAAGCAGGAGAUGGAGAAUGUCCUUUUGGAGGUGAGGAAGAAGGCUCUAAUGGAGGAAUAUGGUGUAUGA